CCAACUCUUUGAUUUCUCACAAUCAACAAAAAUAAUGGCCACAUCAAAGCAUCUGGUUGCCGCCCUUCUUGUUGGUUUCCUGCUUCUUUCCCAUUCGGUUGCAAGGCUACAUGUCCAUGAAACUGGUCCAUGCAAAUUUGAUAGCAAUGGGGAUUGUUUGACGCAAGAGAAAGAGAGAAAUGCGGAAGGCUGCCAUUUUGCUGGUACAUGCAGCACGGCAGCAGAGUGUCGGCAACCAUGUGCUGCCUUGGGCCGCAACCCGGAUGCUGUCAAGUGCGUUUCUUCCUCUGGUGAAAACCGUUGCUGUUGUGUUCAAUGUUGAUUGAUUCUUCUGUAAUGAAAAUGUGCUACUGGAAUAAAAUUUCCUUGUAGGUUAUAGUUUUCUCAUCAUUGAGAAUAAAAUUGUUAACAAUUCAAAACUUGGUUUAGUGGUUUUUUAACUUUUCUUUAAGGGGUUGAUGUUCAUUAAUGUUCCAAUCUCUUUUCUACAUAUGAAUUUAACCUGGAAUAAAGAUGAAUGCUGCUUUAGAGGUA